CACACAGACAAGGAAGAGAGAGAGAGCAAGCGAAGGCGAGGGGAGCCUCCAACAUGCCCGUCAAACCAGAUCCAGACGCGCCGGCGAAGGUGAACGGAUCUUCGCCAGUGAAGCGGGAGCAGGCUGCCAGCUCGAGUGCACAAUCAGCAGCAUCGCAACCACCGCCGGUUGCUGGCUUUCGCGAUAUUCCUCUCUACUCGCUCGGCCCAGGAGACUGGAACUACCAUUCUCUUAAGUUUGCCUCCCACUCGGCCGUUGAGCCAUCCAAUCCGGAGCACUUCACCUUGCCGAUCAAGCUGAACCGCAAGUUUCCCCCACGACCCAAAAUUCCGCAGCCCAAGCCAGGCGACUUUGUCCUUAACGAGAAGGGCAAGAGGAUCUUCAUGAAGGAUGGAAAGGCGCUGGUAUGGCCCGACUUUGAAGACGAACAGCAGAUGGAAAAUGCUAGGGCGACUAUCAAAGCGGAGGAAGCAAAGCCCUCUCACGAAACUUCAGGCAGCGCGGCAUCUGGAUCACGGGGAAAGCGCAAGGGUCACCUAUUCCAGAAGCGCGUGCGAGAGGUACAUCGAGCAUCAGAUUCUGUACGCCAGACACGUCAGGAAGAGUUCUUCCCGUGGGUCCUGGAGGACUUUGAGACGUCCGAGGCAUGGGAGUCGGCCCGCAAAGUCGACCCGAGAGGCAAAGAUUCGCUGAAACACUGGCUGGAAUAUGUCGACAAGCACGGGAAGCCACCACCCCGAGACGUGUCGCGGGAUCAGCAACAAGUGAACAGCGACAGCAAGAAUGGGGUUUCUGUUGUGGGAAAGGCACAGGGCAAAGGAUACGCGCCAUGGAUAGGCAGAAUGGAAGGGGAGCAGAACAAGUCGAGUCACCACGUUUUUUUCAUCCUCGAUCAUGCAGGCUCUGGUGCCUUCAAAGUCGUUCCUGUGAAAAAGAAUUACAAAUUCUUACAGCGGCCCAAGUAUUCCACCUUGUCGGCAGACCAAGCAGAAGAGAUCUACGCCAAGCAGCAAAAGACCAAAGAAUCAACCAUGCUAUUGCGCGCCAGGGAACGCUCACAAGCUGCUUCAAGCGCCGGCACUCCUCUGGGCUCUGGCGGGUCCACGCCGCUCCCUGUGAGAUCGGCGAGUGGGGUCAAGAAGGAGGAUCCCGAUGAUGAUGAAGAUAUGCGUUGGGCUGCGAACAUGGGCAUCGGCUUGGCUGCUGGAAGAUCUGGUGGUAGCGUCGUAGAUCGCGGGGACCUAUGGGACCGGGGACCCAGAGGAAGGAGCCAAGGUCGCAUUCGAAGAGCGAAACGCGAGAUGCCGGAAGCCGCAGACGAGCUAGACUACCAGGAAGAAUUUGCCGAUGAUGAUGAACGUAUGGAGAUGUUGGACCGAGACGCGUUCGAGGACGAAGAAUCGCGCGAGCUGGAGCAGCGGCUCCGCGACGAGAUGCACCGCGCCGAGCAUGAGCCAGAUGAGGAAGAAGAAGAGGAUCGGACGUUGACGGGGACUGGAAAGCAGAUGAAGAAGAUCAUGAAAGCUCUUGGAAAGCGCGAAGGGAACGAAGCGUAUGAAAGCGACGAAGAAAACCCGUACGCAAGUGACGAGUCGGAAGAUGAGGAUUUGGCUGUCACCAAUCCUGAAAAGGCGCUCGAAGAGGCGAGAGAAGAGAGACUCAGGAGGGAGAAGGAAGGCAUCAAGGAGGGUGGCGAAGCGGUCACGGACAGUCAAGCGCCCUCAAAGCCAUCUUCGAGGCAUGAGUCUAGGAGUGGAACCCCGAUCGCCAAGCUGGAGACAAAGUCGCGCUCCUCGCGUGCGGAAUCGCCAGCAGCUGUUCGUGCAACGAGCCCAGGGGGGACUGCUCACCCAAGCAGGCAAGUCUCGCCCCCUCCAGGUGCCGGGCAUGCGACUGCAGCGCAACGAGCCACCAGUCCCAAUCGCUCGACUUCCGGCGCUGUACGCAGCCGCGCAGGCUCCCCCGGUCCGAGCUCGCUUGGGCCUGGUACUGGCACCAAACGCAAGACGGAUGGAGCCGGCGGAGGUGCUGAGCAAAGCUCAGACGAGUUCGAUGCCGGACACGGCAGUGGUACCGGCGGAGGAGCGCACAAGAAGCCCCGCACGUCUAACGUCAAAUCACCCUCCCCUAGUAGCCCUGUGGGGUCGCCGCGCGGCUCACGCCACGGUUCGCCGUCGCAGAGACUGCCGAGGAACGACCUGGAAGCGCAGCUGAUCGAGUUCCUCAAGCGGCAAUCCAAAGUCACCACAGCAGAAAUCGUCAAAUCGUUUCGCUCCAAAGCGACAGAUGAAGAAGGUAAGGCGCUGUUGUCUUCGUCCCUCAAGAGAAUUGCCAUCACCGCUCCUCAUCCGAACGACCCAUCAAAAAAAAUCCUCGUGUUGCGCGAAGGAUUCUAGAACAUGUACUUUACAGCUGCCUCGGAUGGCGGCUGCGUCUACGCUCGCAAAUGCGAUUGCGUCGUGUCUGAGAG